AUGCCCUUGCUCAUCAAUAGUGCCAACUGCCAAAUAGUAGGUUUUGUAGUCACCACUAUUGGAUGGAUCCUCGGCACCACUUCCAUGGGCUUCGUGGAGUGGCGAGUAUGGUAUCUAGACAACGCCUCACAAUUCUCUGGUCUGGCCUGCGUGGGAAUGUGGAGAGUCUGUGUCUUCUGUCAAACCAACAUCACCACAGCUAUCUCAUGUCACAGUUACAGCUACCAUGAUACUUACCUACCUCUUGAUAUCCGUGUUUCUCAAAACCUUUUACUGAUGUCCAGCAUUCUAGGACUCUUGGGGAAAGCCUCUGUUAUUUUUGCACUUAAAAAUGUGUCCAUGGGAAUUCCUGAGACUACUACUACCUACAAAGCAUUUGUCAUUUCAGGAAUUCUCAGCAUAGCUGCUGGUAUCUGUAUCUCAGUUGCUGUCACCUGGAAUUACCACUCUGUGAUGACUGAAGAGGGUAUUGUCUUCCCACCAUCUUUCAAUAUACCCUUCAAGCCACAUGCUCAGAAAAUUGGCAACACUGUUAUAGUGGCAUGUCUAGCUGCUUUUGCACUGUUCUUAAGUGGGUGGUUUUUUCUCUCUUACAAAUUACCCCUGGAUAGCCAGGUGCAUCCUGAAGUAUCAGGAAUGUAG